AAAUUCAUUUCACAAUUACCUUCGUUGCAUCAGGGAGAAAAGAUGACAGACAGCGAUGAACAACGCGUGAAACCGCAGGUUCCUUUGGAUUUCGAUAGUUUAUCUGGACCAAACUUACAAACUGUUUGUCCGGUGCCACCCAUGCCCGAUAUGGCUUAUCCUCAGCCGUAUCCAUACGCUCUGAUAAAUGGUGGAUUAUACGGGGAAAAUGAAGGUGGAAACAGGUUGUUUUAUCAAGGACAAUUGGAUGAUAAAAUACCGGCAAACGCUUACUUCUCCUCAUAUCAGACACCCUACAGAUAUUAUACUCAUAUUGCAUAUCCUUCUCCAGUACGAACUACAAACGUAAAACGUCGAGGCGGUCGUACAAAAAGUCGAGGAGUAUCGCGGGUGAAAUACAAUACGAAGAGAUCCAUUGACAAAACUACUACAAAUGAAUAUCAGCAACCUCCGGACAAUAUGUUAGAUAAUUUGAACUCUGCCAUACCAAUAACGAAAACAGGCAAAAAACGCGGAAGAAAGCCUGGCAAAGCAAGAGUAUCCACCGCCAAAGAAAUACCUGGAUUGACGAGAGUGAAAAGAAAGUACGUGCGAAGAAAAGUAAAAGAGAAGCCUAUCACUGAUAUUGUUCAACUCACAGAAAGUUUGGUAAAACUUCUACUUCCUUCAGAAAAAAAUAGUUCCAAAUCUCCGGAGUUAGAUGAAAUUUUUAUCGAAGAACUGGAAAAUAUGGCUUGGUCGACGGAUGAACUACCCCAAGAGGAUGGACUGAGCGAAGAUGACGUAAACGCUUUUAAUGAUCUCAUUAAAGAACUUUCAUUAAACUCUGACAAAAAGAGUCGAUAUGAAAAUGUUAAUUCGAAGAAAAAAUCCUGCGGAGACAAGAAAGGUGGAAGGCCUAAAGAAGAAAAAUCGGAGAAUAAAAGACAGCAAUCGAGCGGUAUUACACCAAGAAAGAACAUACUAAAUUGCCGCUGGAGGGCAAUGCGGAGUAGAAAAUCUAUACUAGACAACGAUUUUGGAAGUUCAGCCGUUCCACCUUCAACCGACACUUUCAAUUGUAAAGUAGGAGGGAAAUGCUCAAACAAAUGGCAAUUAUUACAGAGACAUGUCCUAGGAAACAAAGUUGUUAAACAACUACGAGAAGAGCGACAAACUGAAAGACUUAUUAAAGUACUUUGCAGCACCCCACAGAGAACAUUGAGAGCGAGAAAUCGUGAAGAAGGCGAUAUGUCUGCUCAUGAUACAUCUGCAACAUCAAGCGAAACCGCAAGUCCAGACAAAACUGCGUCAAGCUGGAUUAGCCUUAGUGAUACUAGUUUUAAUAUAACUGGACAAGGCGCUGAAUUGUGUGCAAUUCCUCACGGAGAUUCAAACCUUCCUCCAGGUUAUUUUUCUGUCGAUGGAGGAAUCUGUCCUGAUAUUGAACCAACAUUUCUUGUAUCAUCAUCAUCAUCGUAUAAUGAAGUUCACAGUCGGAAAGAGCCUCUCAACAAUUCAAACCAAUUGCUAUAUUCCAACCAAAAUUUCGUCUCUCCAACCAACUGAAUUUGUUUCAAACCAUUUGAGACUAUUGAGCAUUAAACAUUUGAGAUACAUGAGAUAACAUACUCACAUACACUGGGUAUAAGGGCGAGAUAUAAGAUAACAUAUCUUACUCUCAAUAUUAUUGAAAAAAAAACUUCAUUUAUGCAUUAUUGAUAACGAAU